AGUUUCCAUGGGGCCGGGACGAUCCCCGGAGCUUCAGCUGAUGACGUAGGCAUAAGAACCCCUGCGUACAAAGCAGCCGCCGGAAGAGAAAGUUAAAAACAACGUGCGUCUGAGGAUCUGGUGUUGGUACCAGUUCUGUGUUGCACAAACGGAAACCUAAAAUAUGGAAGAACAACAGCCGGGUACGGGGCAGGAGAACGCAGAUUCCAGCACAUUGCAUUCGCAGUCAACUGCACCUACCCACGUAAAUAAUAAUUUUGUGUCGGACAGUGAACUUGAGGCAAGCAGGCCCACACCAUGUACGAAUACCAAUGAAUCCAAGAUUGGUACCGAGGGUAUAAACCCUGGUGGAUCAGAUGAACAGUUGGCAGCACAGUUGCGCGCGGAUGACGCUGAAAAUGGCACGGAAGGCACCGUUGGUCCAACCACAAAGCCCGGCUCGGAGAACGGUCAGAGUGACGUCGCCGCUGGGCCGAACGGGCAAGUUGAAGACAUGGAGGUAACGGUGUCUGCCAAAAUGGAAACGCUUUCUUUUGAAAUCACCACUGAGACCGCAGAAUCGGGCCAGAGCGCUGUAAGCUCCACUGUUCCUCAGGUACACGUGACUCUGAGGACCGGUGUCUGUGAGACGGAAGACAGUGGGGCGAGCAGUUCUUCUGAAGACUCGUCCUCGGACAGCGAUUCAGACUCGUCUUCCUCGUCGUCGUCAUCGUCCUCUUCCUCUUCCCCACCCCUGACGGCCGUUCUUGGCGAAGAUGAGGAUGAAGACUUCGGAGCUUUCGGCAGCGGGAGGAAGCCGGUGCCGCUGAAGACGCACGACGAACUUCUCAUCGAGGACUUGCCCGUGGUUAACGAGCUGUCCAUCUCUCUCCCCGCGGAAGCCGAGAUCCUGCCCAUUGGCCUCAUCUCCAGCAUCAUCGAGCAGUUAGUUAUAAUUGAAUCACUCAAGGACACCCCACCGCUGCAGGACGACAGCGUCAUAUUUAACAAGGACAGGCAAGCGGUCGGAAAGGUUUUUGAGAUCUUCGGGCCAGUCCACCACCCUUACUACGUCCUCCGGUUUAACUCCACGGACCACAUCGUCAGCAAGGGCCUGCGACUGCAGGAGACCAUGUACUUCGCUCCGUCGCUGAAGGACUUCACCGACUACAUAUUCACGGAGAAACUCCAGCAAAACAAAGGGUCUGACGCAUCAUGGAAGAACGACCAGGAGCCACCACCUGAGGCUUUGGAUUUCAGCGAUGACGAGAAGGAGAAGCUGGCCAAGCAGACGCGCAAGAAGCAGAACCAGCAGAGGAAGCACCUGAAGACGGAUCAGGGCGAGCCGGAUAACAGUGUGGGGAAGUCUCACCAGCACCAGCCGACCCAUUCUCAGCCCAGACAAGCAGGGCGGGGGCGACACGGGCGGGGCUUCAACCAACGCUCAGAGGGCGGGUUCCCAAACAGACACGCCCACCACCCCCAGCUCCAUCCCCAUGAGAGCCCGAUGAUGAUGCCGCCGCCACCCCCCUACCCCCCCACACACAUGAUGAUGCAGUGCCCGUACCCGCCCCCAUUCGGGCACCCCAACGCGCUGCCCUUCUUCCCCCCGUUCCCCCCGCCCAUGAACAUGCAGUGGACCAAUCCGGCAAUGGGGCCCCCGCCCCACCUGCACGGUAUCCCCUUCCAGCACCUUCCGCCUCCGCCCCCGCCACCCCCACCCCCUCCUCCCAGCCAAUCGGAGUUCCCCCCACACUUUUAGAGGGGCUGCACACUGCCCAUUCGCCCAUAGACAGGAGUGACACGGGGUGAGACUCCGCCCACUGUCUUAGAUUAAGAAAUGCUUUAUUUUUGUACUAGAAUUUGUCACAUAACUGCAGUAGCUGAAGCUGAUCCUUUUAUCUUAUCGGUUUAGUUUAGUUUUUUUUAAAAACUUGUAUGUUUUUGCAUAGCCGAGUUUUGUUUUCGUCAAAUCGCUGUACAUUUUGUUUGUAAACAAGGCUGUUCUCUCAGCCUGUGCUCAGUCGGAGGUAAUUUGUACGAGCCGAGCGUGUCUUCACUUCACGCGAAGUAAACCCUCUUCAGAGGAAAUCGCUCGCUGUUUCUAUUCGUUGUUUGUUGACAGAAAAAUUAGUAUUUGGGUUUGAAUGGGACCUGAUUAGCUCCUGAUCAGCAUCUUUUGUCUUCAGCGGGGAGGAUAAUGUGCACCGUUCAUUCCUGAAGUUUGAUUCGCUGUCGUUCUCAGCGGGGGGCUCGUCACCUUACGCGAGUUUGUCAUCCGGAAUACUAGACGCUGAUAUACUCUAUAAAUAGGAAUCGCCUUCACACGGUUUCUUAGCAACAGUGUACUUUUUUUCCUUUUUUUUCUUUUUUUUUUUAGCUUGUAGGAGAGAUGGCGUGCUGGGCUCCUAAAAUGGGGAAGGAAGGUGUACGUUCCUUUAUGGUUCUCGCUUCAUUUCGUGAGAGGAGCGUGGAGCGCUGUUGCUUUGUUCUAAAUUUCUCCGAAGGGUCUCUUGGUGUUGCAUUUCACGUUUAUUGCUUUAGCUGUGAUCUGUGGUAUUUCUUCACAGGAAUAACUUGGAAAUAACAUUUUUGGGUUUGCCAAAGUUUUUUUUGUUUUGUUUCAAAUACAUUGUGCUUCCUUGAAACUAAAGAUGAAGAGUGGUACAUUCAUAGGUCUACUUAAUUGAAGGGCAUUAAGUAUUAUUUUAAUAAAUGGGGUCUCAAACCCUGUUCUGGGGGACCCACUGUGUAGGCAGGUUUGUUUCGCAUCUUUUUGUUACAUCUGACCAUCAUAUGGAGGGACAGUUCUUCUAUAAUUCUAAUUGUUUUUUAAACGUUUUUGUUUGUUACACAGUGGGAGGUCAACCCCUUGCCAUUUGUUUUGAUUUUUAACUUUCAAGAAAAGUUUUAUACUGUCUAUACUUUCAGAAUCCAUUGGUAUCACUCCUUCGUCUGUAAUUCAGCCAGUUAAAAUUGUGACCACUUUGAAAAGGCAUUGUUUGCUAUUCAGCACAAUGCAUUAUGGGGCAUUUAGCAGAUGCUCUUAUCCAGAGCAGCUUACACAACUUCUCGCAUAGCAUUUACACUGUAUGCAGUUAUACAGCCGGAUAUAUACUGAAGCAAUGCAGGUUGAGUACCUUGCUCAGAGGUACAACGGCAGUGUCCUACCGGGGAAUCAAACCUGCGACCUUUAAGUUUCAAGACUAACUCCUUACCCAUUGUACUACACUGCCACCCUUAAAGGUCAUGGGAUCUGAAUAUGGGCUGAAUAUUUCUUCUUCAUGGCAUACGCACCCAUCUCUGAAAUAACAUGACCUUCAGACAGUAAACCUUUAACGGACGUUAGAAGUGUAUAAUUAUGCAGUUUGCAGUUUGCUCCAGUGCCACGUUUGCAGUUAUAGUUAUAGUGGGGACAAACCAGCGUACUCAGUGGGCUUCCAGGGCUGCCUUAACAUAAUGUAGCUUAGCUUUAGGACUGCAGUUCUAGUUCAUUCAUGCUUACCAAAUAAAGUGUAGUGGAGUGGCCCUAUUUUAAUGGAUACACGGCUCACACGUUCGUCUUGAAUUAAUCCGUAAUCUGUUUUUUUUGCCAUGUUUUCCUUGGAGAAAAUACUGGAUCUGUGUGCGUUUUUCCACGUGAUCUCAUCCCUGCAUCCGAAGAAUGAUGCUGUUGAAGCCUGGGAGUGUUUUCUUAGUUUUUUUUUUCAUCUUGAAUUUUCCUGUUUACUGCAGCAACUUAGUGAAGCGUUGAUAGAAUUUGAAGCUAAAUUAAGUUGAUGCUGUAUUAAAAUCCAUAGUGAUUUUUUUUCGUUCAAUGUGAUGUUCCCAUAAUUCUGGUACACCAUCCAGAAUCCCCAAGGAAUGCAUUUUCAAAUAAAAAUUAGGAGCUGAUCAUUUUGCAUUUUUUCAGUUGAUGUUCUUUUGAAGACUGCUAAGGUCUAUGAAGGCCAUGCUAGCAGGAGUAUAAACAUUUAUUUUUUGUAAUAAAUGAGUAUUUAAACCUUUGCCUAGACGAUGGUGAUGGCAGUCCAUGUGGAGAAAUGUUCAAUGCUUCACUUGUGGUUCAGUUUAGGUUUGAAGGUUAGAUGAUGAAUUUGUGUACUAGUAAAUCUUUUCCCGUGAUUUAAACAUUUUUUUUUUUUUGAUGAGUAUGAUCUAUUAAUGAUGCGCUGGUAUGCAUUUUAAACAUUCAUUUGUAUGAAUGAGUAUCACUGCGUGCCUAAAUAUUUAAAGCUUUGCCAGGACACGAGGAAUGACAAUCUUUGAUGAAUUCUUUAUAUGAAAAUGAAACGCUUCACUUGCGUGCCUACAAUUUGAAAUGUGAUUCUGGUGCUCUUAAAAAAAAAUAAUUUGACUUCUGACAUAAAUUAAUUCACUAGUUCAAAUUGAAAAUGGUGCAUAUGGAUGUGUGUCUGUAGUUGCUCAUGCAUGUGUGUGUUGAUGUACAUAGGUGUGCGUUUCCCCUAAUGCACUGGACUGUUCUGGUGGUGAAAAUGGAGAUAUCUUUGAUUUGAAUUUUAAGCCGUGAAUUUAAUUGGAUAAUGUUUAGGUCCUCUCCUUAAACAGAUCAGUUCUCUUGGAUGAAGAAACUGACCCAGACUUGGGAGGUCUAGGGUGGUAGAGCAGGAGUGGCAGGGCUGUGAUGUCAUCGGUCCAGUGAACCAAUCAAGUUGAAUGGCCACCAUUUCGGUAUUUUUUUUUAUUUUUUUUUUUAAAUGGGACUAAUUGCUUCCCUCUGUGGAGGAAUAAAAAAAUGAAAUAAAAUUAAAAAAUGAA